AGGCCCCGUGCCCGCUCGCACGCCAUGGUGACGCUCCCGGAGGUGCUGACGCUGCUGGCCGCUCUUCUGGCCACGGCCUCGGGUUACUUCGUUAGCAUCGACGCGCACGCGGAGGAGUGCUUCUUCGAGCGGGUCACCUCGGGCACCAAGAUGGGCCUCAUCUUCGAGGUGGCCGAGGGCGGCUUCCUGGACAUCGACGUGGAGAUUACAGGACCUGAUAAUAAAGGAAUCUAUAAAGGUGACAGAGAGUCCAGCGGGAAAUAUACUUUUGCAGCUCACAUGGAUGGAACUUACAAGUUUUGUUUUAGCAACAGAAUGUCCACCAUGACUCCCAAGAUAGUGAUGUUCACUAUUGAUAUUGGAGAAGCUCCAAAGGGCCAAGACAUGGAAACAGAAGCUCAUCAGAACAAGCUGGAAGAGAUGAUUAAUGAGCUCGCCGUGGCCAUGACAGCGGUAAAGCAUGAACAGGAAUAUAUGGAAGUUCGGGAGAGAAUACACAGAGCAAUUAAUGACAACACAAACAGCAGAGUGGUCCUCUGGUCCUUCUUUGAAGCUCUCGUAUUAGUUGCCAUGACAUUGGGACAGAUCUACUACCUGAAGAGAUUUUUUGAAGUCCGGAGGGUUGUCUGAGAAGGCUUUUCCUGAUGGUCCCAAACUCCCAGUUCACUGUUUACCAAACAUCUUGGUCACAACGACAUCACAUAGUUUCUAAGCUUUUGUUUUCUGAACUGUACACUAAUUGCUUCUCUUUCUUCCUCAUGACUACGUUUUGAAAAUACACCUUCUUAGCAAGGCUGUCCUGACAACUUUGACACUUAAUUGGCAUAACUUCUCAUUUGAAAUCUGCCUCCAACCCACAGGGCAUUCCAGAGCUCCAACACCAUAAAUGAAGUGUGAUUUAGUCACAUUUGUUUGUCCUGUUUUUCUUUGGUUUUCAUGAUGAAAUACAAUUUGUUCAUAACACAGCACUAAGGCAAAUACAGUCUUUUACUAAAAAUGAUUGUACAUGUCUUUGGAUCUCUAAACCUGCAGCAAAAAAAAAAAAAUUCAGUUCUGUGAAAUUCUAAGGAACAGCAGAUUAAAUCAUUCAAAACUGUCCUGCUAGUAACGGAUAGAAUCAUUGACCUUGUGGCAUACACUAUCGUAACUGGGUACUUGUAUUCAUUUAGGGUAGUUUUUAUUUGACAAGCCCACAAACUAUAUUCUCCCCUAAAGAAAAUGGGAAUGUUCUUGAAGUUAGACCCCAGGACUCAGCCAUCUGUAUUAAGUAUAGAACAAGUGGCUAACCAAGCAGUUUUGGUUUCUGCCUGACACUUUGGAUGUGUCAAACAAAGGCUGGAGGCUGUUUUCAGCAAUUGGUAGCUGGACGUGCCAGCUAAAAAAGACUAAGUACCAAUUGCCCUCCCUCACCUCUGUGUUGGCACUUAAAACGUGUUAAUCUAAGUUGGGAAAAUCUGGAUUCCUGAUGCCAAAGGAUUAAAGUUUGCUCUUGGAUGUUA